AUGAAUCGUGAUGAUGUAAUGAAGAUAUUGGCCGACAGAGGUGAUGAGAAUGUGAUCAAAGCUGCCCGAAGAGCAAUGAAUCAUGAUUACAAUGAUAAGAACGAUGAAGAACUUAUAGAUACGGUUGUCGAUAAGAUGUUAGCUGAGACGCCGAAAGAUAAUCACAUGCUUCCAUAUAAUGAUAGUAUUUAUUGGGACCCAAAAGGCGAAUUAAACGACCUAAAUACCUACCACCAGCAUGAUGGCCGGCGAAUCUACAAGGGGGAGAGAUCCACAGUGCUGUAUUAUCCGUUCAUGGUGUCUAUUCAUGUGAUGGGAAGAUUUUGGACUCACAAUAAUAGAUUCUUCAGAGAGAACCCGAGGAUUCUCCAAGUGAGGGUUGGUAGCAAUCAUAGCAGGAUUGGAGGAGAAAUGAUUGAUGCCCUUGAGGUUUUCUUCCAUCCAACGUACGAUCCUAAAACUCUAAGAAACAACAUAGCUGUAAUCAGACUCCGUCGGCAUCUGUACUUCAAUUACCACCGGAUCCCGAAGAUCAUCGAUAUAUCUGACAGCCCUAACGCGGUCCCGGAUACAGCCGAGAUACUGUUACUAGGAUGGGGAGUUACUAAGAUGUCGCAAAAGCUUGAUACCAGACCGAUAUUUUUGCAAAGGAAAUUUUUGCCGGUCUACCCGAACACUUUCUGUAAAGAGGUUUACGGCGAUAAAUUCGUUUCGUCAACAAUGUUCUGUGCCGGGACACUGACGACGGGGGAAGGUGCUUGUGACCACGACGCAGGCGGUCCGGCGAUACUCUCCGGUCGUCUCGUGGGCAUUAUUUCGUUUGGCCCAACAAUCUGUGGGUACCCUAAUGCUCCUACGGUUUUCACUUUGGUUGGCGCUUACGCUGAUUGGAUAGAAAACAUCAGAAAUACAAUGCCCACAUACUAUACGGGUAAAAGACGCACCACCACCACCACCGUAUCACCGCUUCACGAUUACUUCGUGACCUGGGGUAGGAUGUACAGGUCAUCGCAGUAUACAACGAAUGGAAUGAAAGUCAUAAAUAGUCCCGUCAAGCCGGCGAUCAGAGGUGGCGACGACAGCGAAGAUGGCGGCUGGAGCAUCGAGCACUGA